GCGCAGAUUCCAAAUAUGCGGUGCAUGAAAUAGACGAGCCUCAGACGUCAUCAUGUGGUGCAUCGACACAAAUGACAUCGUCUUAUCUCGCUUUUCCCUUGAAGGAUGGAAGUGACGUUAUUUGAACGGCAAACACGAGCGAUCUUUGAAAUUUAACAUCCAGCCGUUGCUUCCCGCCAGCGAACUGCGUGCUUCUAUAACAAAGUGCAGGGAGUGUAACUGGUACAACUUGGUGCAACUAAAGUGCAACUGAAAUGAAAGUAAAUAAAUAAAGCGAGACUUCUACAUUUUUGACAUUUGAAAAGCUUCGCUCGUUUCUUAUUAAAUAUAAAUUACUGCAUAAUUAAAAAUUAUGAUAAGAGUUUACAGCUUUUUUUUCAUCAACCGACAAUAUUGAACAAUAUUAGACAAGUAACCACAAAAUUUAAAAAUUAUCUUUUAUCUUGUAAAAAAAAAAAAAAGACAAUGACUGAUAUUCGAUAUACAUUGAUUUUGUACAAAAGCUACUUACACAAUAUUGAAAGAUUUCUGUGAACGCGCUGAAAAAAAGGUGCGCGCGGUAGCAGAAACUGCAUUUCAAUACACGGAUUUGUUAAUUGCAAGUCAUUAAUUUGCAAUGUACAAUAGGAUGGGUGUCCGUAUGCAGAGAAUACUUUUGUGCGUGGUCGCGGUGAUUUUUGGCAUUGCUUAUUUAUGUGCAAAUCGGCGCGUGAAUGAAAAGGAAGUAUCCUUGAAGCAACUUCUUGCCGCCGCGAUAAGAGCUGCUGAAAUCGGAGGAUCCGAAGUGGUGGCUGUGCACGAUCAGAUUAAAUUUAAAAUAGAGAGUAAAGGCCAAACAAAGGAAGGAGUCAAUGAUCCAGUAACAGCAGCGGAUUAUAGAUCUCACUGUGCCAUGUAUCGUGCUUUAACAGAAUCAUUCCCAGGAGUUACUGUGAUAUCUGAGGAAACUUCGCAGGAUUGUGACGAAAUUGUAGUGGAAAACAUUAAGAACUCUGUAAAAAGUAUUGAUGGAUAUGAUUUAAGCGAUGACAUCGUGAACAUUAACGAUAUUACAAUUUGGAUAGAUCCUCUUGAUGCUACCAAAGAGUUCACAGAGAAUUUACUUCAAUAUGUAUCUACUAUGGUAUGCGUAGCUGUGAAAGGACAACCGAUUAUUGGUGUUAUAUAUAAGCCAUUUGAAACAAAGCAGAAUUACAGUUUAUAUUGGACAUGGACUAAUCAUGGUGUCUCAAGGAAUUUAAAAAAUUUGUCCAAGACAAAGGAUAAUAGAACACCUAUCCUGAUUGUAUCUCUUUCACAUGCUGGACAAGUUAAGAAUACAUCUAAAGUUGCCUUUGGCAACAAUGUUGACAUUAUUUCUGCUGCUGGUGCAGGAUAUAAGUUCUUAGAAGUGGCUGUUGAUAAUGCAACAGCAUAUGUUCAUACAACUGCUAUCAAAAAAUGGGACAUAUGUGCAGGAACAGCAAUUCUAAGUGCUUUAGGAGGAACAGUGACACAGUUGUAUGAUCAGCAACCGAUCUAUUUUGGAGCUAGCAAUGGCAAAGUACUUACAAAGGGUCUUUUAGCAACUAUGAGUGAUCAUGCAUGGUAUUCUGAAAAAUUUUUACAUGACUUUCCAUCUGAUUUUCAUUAAUUACAAAUAAAAUACAUAAAGAAAAAAUUAA